CGUCAUCAUCACCAACAACCGUUGCCACAUUCAUAACGUAAUCGCGAGCGGAGGUGAUUGGUGGUGUGUUUUGCUUAGUUCUAGAAAAGUCAGGGUCGAGCGAACGAAACGAAAUGUCCAAAAUCUACAACGGAUUGGUGGCCGCGGCGGAUCCGCUCGUUCCGGGCAUGCUGCGACCGUUGUGGAACCAUCCGGCUGGACCGAAGACGGUGUUUUUCUGGGCUCCGAUGUUCAAGUGGGGCCUGGUGCUGGCCGGACUGAGUGACCUUCGACGACCUGCGGAUCAGCUGUCGGUGUCGCAGGCAGGUUCGCUGGCCGCGACCGGGCUGGUGUGGUCCCGCUACUCGCUGGUGAUUAUUCCGAAAAACUGGACGCUUUUUGCGGUGAACGUGUUUGUGGCGGGGACGCAGAUCGUGCAGCUGUACCGUGCGUUCGACCACUCGCGGAAGCAUCCCAAGGUCGAAAAGUGAGGCGAAUGUUGCGAGACAAGUUUAGGUGUUUAAGACUGUGAUCGAAACGAAAUUGUGUGUAAAUAAAACGAAAUUGAUUUUUUUUCUGUAAUAUAUUUUGCAUUUUCUUUUAUUUUAUUUCUGUUACAAUAAAAAGUAAAGCUGAUCAAUAUCAAUGUAUGAAUUCAGAGUCGUAAAUUGAACACAGUGUUUCCGGUUUAAUUCUCUUCUUGUUUUUUUACUCUUUUUUAAUUUAAUGUUUUUUUCUUCUGUAGCUGUUAGAAUAAAGUUUUCCAUAAUGUACCAUUUUUUUUUGUGUUGUCCUGCAUAUACUUAAAAUAUACCACUUUUACAUCUAUGCCCUCUAGUUAGGAUUCCAACCUUUUUCUUACCACACUUUUCUCAUUACGUUACCUUCUUCCUUGCUUUUACACACACUUUUCCGUUCCACUCCACAAGUUUUUUUUUAAUUCUUUUUUUCAUUAGUUUUUCGCCAAAGUAAAAACUGAACUAAAGCUAGCCAAUGCGUUCAACAUUUCUGCGCGGUUUCUUACGAUUAUUUUACCUCUUUGCGUUACCUCUAGAUUUUUUUUAUAGUCAAUUUGGAUUGACACAAACAUAUGGUCUAAAUGUUGAUUUUUUUUUUUGCGAUUUUUUAGUUUCUUUUUUUUCUGGGAAAUCUUCGUUUUUUACACCAUUAUAUGUCCAAAUGUACCAAAAAUUUGCCUAAAAUUAGCCUACCGUCUCAAAGGUUUCGAAUCUUUUCACUACACUUGCUGAGAGUUUUUGUUUUAUUUCCGUUUUUACUUCCAAAUGAAAUGAUAAUUACUUUCCUUUUUUGCGAUGUUCGAUCAUCGGUGAGUGUGUGUGUGUUGAGUGAGUGAGGGGAUGAGAAUGUUAGCCUAACAUGCGAUUUCUCUCUUUUUCUGUGCGCUCCAGGAGCGUCGUUCGCCUGCUCUCUCUGUCUUUCGAACGAAACUAAAAACCGUUUGUCUUCAUGCGUUUUUUUGAUUCUUUGAAUGCGGUGUUUUUGUUUUAGCUUAAAAAAAUAUUUUCCUUCGCUACUCAAUGAUUUAGGCAAAUCUCUGCGUAAGUAAUGCUAACAGUUUUAAAAGUAUUCGAAAAACUCGAAACUAGAAACAUAAGGAUGAGCAAAUUGAAACGUUUGUUGGCGGCUUCAAAAGUCGACGGUUAGAAGGUGGCAUCCCACCAACUCUCAGCAGAAUGUGCAGAAAACGGUUGUGGAUUUCAUUGAAAUUACGAUAUAUUAAAUUAAAGGAACAAUGUUGUUUCUUCUGCUGGGAUAGGUGGAGAAGUGCUUCCGGCCAGCGACUUUUGGGCGGGCCACAGUUUAGGAAGGUUUUCUAACUAAAGAAGUUUUUAUAGGAAGAAGUUUGAAAAAUAAGCUCGAAAUUAAAAUAAAGUUUAGAACAAAAACAGUUCAAUUAUUUCAGAGACUUAAUGAUAAUAUAAAAUCAAAAUUCUUUUUAGAAAAUAUAAACAAAAAAAUAAGGACAAAUUUUAUAAUGUAAAUAAAGAUUUUAACAUUUAUAAAAACAAUAGAAACUGAUUUUUUCAAAAGAAAAGUUAUGAGCAAUGCUUAAAAAAGGAUCUGUCACUGAACUUCCGAAAACUAAAUUUGAUCGCUGCCACACAGCGCUUAUCACGAUCGGAUAGCUUGGCGACGGUCGGCGAACGUAAACACAAAGACGAAACGAACGAAAAAUGAGCACCACUCAAGCAGCCGCCCGAACGAGACAACGUGCUCUUUCUCUCGUUUUUCCUCUCUCUCUCUCUCUUCCUUGUGUUUGCUGCAUGGUGUCAGAAAUCAUUUGAUGGCGAUCAUGGGAGAGAUGCUCGGAAUCUCGGUAGAAUGUCAAACGACCGUUCUCUGAGCGAAUGUAUUUCUAGAGGAAAUUCAAUAACAGUGGCUUUGUGUAGCACUCAUUUGUUUGUGUGUGAAACGAACAAAAGUAGAACGUCAAAUUCUGAUUGUCGUGUUACCUACCACAAAGUCAAAAAGCACUGGUUAUGAGAAAGAAAACCAAAUAGAAAAUGAUACUUUCACAAA